CCUCUUUGUACAUCUCACCUUUUCUGCAAAGAGCCUUAACAGGGCUCAGUUUCAAAAAGAGACCUUUAUCUCACAAUAAAUCAGACAUGAAGACUAAGCCUGUGCUGUUGUGUGUUGCCGUGGCACUGUUCUCAGUGACACAAGGCUGUUCUGUGGGAAAAGAGUUUGUCACAGCAUUUUUGACCAACUACAAAGGGGGUCAUAUAGGUCAGAAGUUGCAACUGGCCAUCACCUCCCAAGGGAUCCCAGCUACAGUGCAGAUCCGUCUAAUUUCCCCCCCCUUCACCACCACAGUAAGGCUAGGUGGGAAGGAAACCAAAUGGGUGAAGCUGCCUGGACAAUCAGAGCUCCAAAAAUCUGGCCUUUCCUUCAGCGUUGUCCAGGUGUCCUCAAGCGCCGAUGUUUCAUUGGUUGCCUUUAACACCCGCGAUCAUACGGGUGACAGCUCCAAAGUACUACCGUCCCACCAGUUGGGGGUAGAAUACUGGGCUUACACCCCUGCCCAUGGGGCUAGCUUAAUGAAGCUGCUGGCUGUAGUGAACGGACCCCAGCUCAACACAGUCACUUUUCAGUCACCUACCAGUGUCAAAAUCAAUGGCAUUGGAACUUGGAAGGCUGGCCAGAACAUUAAUGUAAUCCUGAAGCCGUAUCAGAGCUAUCUGCUGCAGAGUAAAUCCAGUUUGACAGGGAUGCAGGUGAAGUCACAACACCCCUUGGCAGUUUUGGCAGGGCACCAGUGCUCUUGGUUCAAGGGCCCUUGCAACCAUGUAUAUGAGCAGCUCCUUCCACUUCACCUCCUGUCCACCUCCUACCUUGUCCCUGCUAUGCACCCAGCUGGACACUCCGAGGACCAGGCCCACAUCAUAGCCACUGAGGAUGGCACAGUGGUGACAGUUAUUCGGGGGAAGUCCGCAACCAGUCAGAAACUCCAGGCUGGCAAGACUUUCUUUGAGCGUGUCACAUUUGGCUCUCCUCUGUUGAUCCAAAGUAACAAGAAGGUGAUGGUGAUGUAUUACAGCAACAACAAACCAUUCGACCCCUUCCUGACCUCCAUCUUACCCUCCUCCCAGUCGCCCAGCGAUUGGUCUGUGGACACCCUGGAUGGUUUCAAAAGUACUGCAGUAGUUCUAUCACUGCGGGAGGGGGUUCACAGUGUGAAUAUCUAUGGAAAAAAGACCAUAAAAAAUGUCCAUAUUCAGUGGAAUACUUUCCUGCCAGAUGACAAGUAUGUGUGGAGCAUUGUCAGUCUGGGUAAGAAACAGGAUAAUUACAUCAUCAAGGGAGACUCAAUUUUGUCUGUAUACGUCUAUGGAGGCAAAGCGAGAGAUGGCUAUGGUACCUCAGGUGUAUGCUCCUCAGCUGCUGUGCCUCCUACUCCUCCCCCGGAUCCCUGUGACAAGAUCAAAUGCAGGGAAAAGGAAGAGUGCCAGAAAGGUGAAUGUGUUCACAUUUCCAAGGCAACUUGCCACGCGGUAGGAGACCCCCACUACCAGACCUUCGAUGGGUAUCGGUUCGACUUCCAGGGCACCUGCACCUACACCAUGGCAACAGUUACUGAUCUGACACAGGGCCUGGCCGCAUUUACAGUACUGACCAAGAACAACCACAGAGGAAAGCGGACAGUGUCCUAUGUCAGGACAGUGACCAUAACUGUCUACAAUCAGACUGUGGUCGUCAGCAGUCAGAGAUCUAUGGUGCAGGUAAACGGAGAGCUGAUCUACCUACCAAUCAGCCUGGCUGGGGGGAAGCUGAAAAUAGUACAGAGAGGGCACUAUGCUGUCCUGACCACUGAUUUUGGUCUGGAGGUCAAGUACAACUGGAACAUGCAUCUCUACAUUACUGUUCCCAGCAGCUACUUCCGAUUGCUUGGGGGUCUGUGUGGAAACUACAACGGUGAUCGUGGAGAUGAUCGGACUAGCCCCUUAAAAACCGUUCUCCCCAUGGUGCUUGAGUUUGCCAAGAGUUGGAAAGGUGAUGAUAAAGACAGCUUUUGCAAUGACGACUGUAAAGGGAGCUGUCCGGAAUGCAGCCCCCAGCUCCAGAAAAGGUACGGGGAAAACGAGUUCUGUGGAAUCCUGACCAAGACGGACGGGCCGUUUGCCAGCUGCCACAAGGCCCUGGACCCUAGCAUUUUCUUUGACAACUGUAUCUUUGACGUGUGUAUCAACAAAGGCGCCAGAAUGUUCUUCUGUGACAACCUGAAACUCUAUGAUGACGCCUGUCUGGCCAAGGGUGUAAAGAUCAGCCCCCAGUGGAGGAUGGACGCUAAAUGCCCUCUGCAGUGUCCAGCCAACAGCCAUUAUGAUGCCUGUGGUUCGGCCUGCCCUGCUUCUUGCAUUGAUCUAGAUGCCCCAGCCCAGUGUAAGGAACCCUGUGUGGAGGGUUGCCAAUGCAACAGUGGCUUUGUCCUCAGUGGGGAAAGCUGCGUGCGCAGCACAAGCUGUGGCUGCCAGUACCAGGGCCACUACUACCCUACAGGUACCACAUUCUGGGUUGACAGCCAAUGUAAUAAGAGGUGCAGGUGUGUCCCUGGAAAGGCAGAGGCUCAGUGUGAAUCCACCACAUGUAAGAAGUCAGAAGUGUGCGAGCUACGCAACGGCGUGAAAGACUGCUAUCCAACAUCCUUUUCUACGUGUCAAGCUUCUGGUGACCCCCACUACCGCACCUUUGAUGGCCGGAGGUUUGACUUCCAGGGAACCUGCACCUACGUCCUGUCCCGUCUGGUGGGUACUGGUGGGACAGGCUCCCUGCUGACGCCAUUUGAGGUUCAGGUUCAGAACGAGAACCGAGGGAGGAACAAGGCAGUGGCCUACACCAAGACAGUGUCCAUCACCGUCCUCAACCAUACCCUGACCUUGAGCAGCGACAAUCCUGGAAAAGUUGUGAUACUCGGCCAGUAUGUAAACCUUCCGUUUGAGGCAGAGUCUGGCCAGUUGUCAGUGCUUCGUAUUGGCUACUUUGGCGUGGUAAGGACAAGUUUUGGCCUCACUCUAAAGUUUGACUGGAGGAGCCACGUCGCUCUUACACUGCCCAGUUCAUACUCGGCCGUCAUCGCCGGCCUUUGUGGGAAUUGGAAUGGCCAACCGGGUGAUGACUUCCUCAAACCGGACCGAAGCCCAGCACCCAAUCCCACUGCCUUCGGGUCGAGCUGGCAGGUGGGUGGAGCUGUGGGAUGCUCCAAUGAUUGCCCAGGGGGCCAGUGUCCAAAAUGUCACCCAACCCAGAGGCAGAAAUAUCAGUCAGGGGUGUACUGUGGCCGGAUAACUGACAAGUCGGGCCCGUUUAGACAGUGUCACGCCAAGGUAGACCCCCAGGACUACCUGGAGGACUGUGUGUUUGACCUAUGUGUGUAUGGAGGCCAUGCAUCUGUCCUGUGUAGCGCCUUCACAUCUUACACCACUGCCUGCCAGGAUGCACAAGCCACAGUGGAGACCUGGAGAUCAGACAGUCUCUGCCCAUCUUCAUGCCCAGCCAACAGCCAGUACGAGGUGUGUGCCCCAGGCUGUCCUGAGACUUGCAGCCAACUAAAGGAGGAUGACAGCUGCAACAACGCCCCCUGUAGAGAGGGAUGUAUAUGUAAUGACGGCUUCCUGCUUAGCGACAACAUGUGUGUUCCUGUGGCAGAGUGUGGCUGUGUGUACCAGGGCCAAUAUUAUACCAGCGGCCAGGUGUUCAUCCCAGGCACCGGGGGGCACUGCAGCCCUCGCUGUGUGUGUUCUGACGAUGGUGAAGUUGUAUGUGACACUACCUUCACCUGUGGAGCCAAUGAAGAGUGUGCGUUAAGGGAUGGCCUGCUGGCCUGCGUCCCAAAAAAGAUUAGCACCUGCCAUGUGGGCGGGGUCAGGGAGUACAAGUCAUUUGAUGGGCGUGCAUUCAGUGUGUACGGGGACUGUGUGUAUAAGUUAGUGGAGGUGGAGCAGGAUGGAGGGAUGACACCCUUCACUGUGAUAGUACAACAGCAGACCGCCGAGGGGGGAGUGACCAGGAGGGUUGAAAUACAGACAUCCAUCUACAAGAUCACCAUGAUUCCUGGACUGCUCUGGCAAGUAGUGGUGAAUGAAAUCAGGGCCCAUCUCCCUCUGUCCUUAGGUGAAGGAAAAGUAUUGGUCAAUCAGAAUGGAGUAAACAUUGUUGUUGUAACAGACUUUGGCCUAAAGGUGACCUAUGACACUGUGGGCGGGGUUAUAGUGCAUCUCCCCUCCACCUACAAUGGCAUUACUCUUGGUCUCUGUGGUAACUAUAACAACGAACUUAAUGACGACUUCCGGCUGCCCGACAACACUCAGGCACUCUCAGAGGGGGCGUUCACCGCUGGGUGGGUGAUAUCAGAGAAAGGGGUCACAUGUCAGACAGGAUGUAACGGGUCUGUCUGUCCAGAACCUGAGCCGCAGAAAAAGCCAGAGUCUGAGAAGGCUUGUGACAUCAUCAGGGCACGCCAGGGCCCUUUUGCUGCCUGCCAUGCAGUAGUACCCCCAUCCGGCUACUAUGAGGCGUGUGUGAAAGAAUUGACACUCCCAGGAGGGGGACAGGAAGUACUGUGUCGACACAUCCAGAUUUAUGCAUCUCUCUGUCAGGGGGCUGGUGCCACAGUAAUAAGCUGGAGAAACAACUCCUUCUGUCCCCUACAGUGUCCGGCAAAAACACACUAUGAGCUGUGUUCUGACACCUGCUCCUCCACCUGUGCCUCCCUAAGUGCCCCUGCCCGCUGCCCCCCCUGCCAGGAGGGCUGUCAGUGUGAUGAAGGAUUAGUGUUUGACGGGGGAGUGUGUGUUGCUAUGGACACUUGUGGUUGUGUGGUGAAGGGGAGGUACUACAAGUCCGGCCAGUCGGUGAUGAUGGAGGAGUGUCAAGAGGUGUGCAGCUGCAAAGCAGGGCAGUUCACCUGUCAGAACAACCAGUGUGACAAGGGGGAUGAGUGUAGGGUGAAGGGCGGAGUCUUGGGCUGCUACUUGAAAGAUCCAUGUGUGGACAUGCAGUGCAGGGAAAAGGAGCGCUGUGUGGUGGAGAAGGACCAGGCGGUGUGUGAGGCUCUGUCUAAGGCUGUAUGCUGGGUUAUGGGAGACCCCCACUUCUCCACCUUCGACGGGACCCUCUUCUCCUUCCAGGGCACCCGCUCCUACACCCUGGUCAACACCACAAGACGAGACCCCACCCUGACCGACUUCAACAUCCUGACUAAGAACGAGCUGCGGGGAAACUCUAAAUUUUCCUACCUCCGCUCCGCAACUGUGUACCUCUUAGGCCGCCGUAUCUCAAUCCUGUCUGGCCAGAGGGGAAGUGUGGAGGUGGAUGGUGUCCGCAAGUCCCUCCCAGUCAUUCUCGAGUCUGGCAACAUCGAGAUCACAGUGUCUGGCAUUAGAGGAACCAUCCAAUCAUCUGUGGGGUUAGAGGUCAGCUUUGACUGGAGCACACUUUUUAUGGUCACGAUAUCGAGCAGUUACUAUGGCAACCUCCAAGGUAUUUGCGGCAACUACAACGGUGACCCCAAAGACGACUUCACCAUGCCAUCAGGGGUCUUGACAACCAACAUCACUGAGUGGGCGGGGUCUUGGAGCUUUGAUGAUAAAUAUAAGCGUUAAUUUGCCUAUGAUGAUUAGUCUACAUAAUCUAAUAUGUAACUCAAACAUUUAUGUAGCCUUAUCUUUUGAUUAUCUGCCAAGAUAAUACAUAUAAUCAACAAUAAAUAUAUGUCAGCACUU